AGGAAGUACGCGGUGCUUGCGAAAUGUAUAAGAUGGAACAUGCAGCCUGCCACUAUAUCAGGCAGAACAACGAAAUCAAUUGACACAAAUCACUACACCAUCCAGUCACAAUAUGCCUCAAAUAGACCUCAACAUCCCUGCCUCAGGCAACACCGUCGAAGUGAGCAUCAUCGACUCAACCGCCAGGAUUCAUGGUCCUCCUGGGAUCUUUCUCACACCAGAAGUUGGCGGCUUCACGGACCUCAACGCCGGCGCGUAUGCAUUCCUGGUCGAGAACAAGUCCCAGAACAAACGGGUUCUCUUCGACCUGGGCAUCCGCAAGGACUGGGAGAACCUGGCCAAACCCUUGUACGAUCGCCUGAAGGCCAUGUUCAGCAUCACCAUUGAGAAAGACGUGGCCGAGAUUCUGAGCGACCAUGGCAUCGCAUUGGAAACCAUUGACGCGAUAAUCUGGAGUCAUACGCACUUCGACCACGUCGGCGACGCCUCCACCUUCCCGUCCACAGCCUCGCUGGUAGUCGGACCAGGUGUAUCCGCUGCCUCGCUGCCGGCCUACCCGUCCAACCCAGCGAGUGAAUUGCUGGAGUCGGAUGUCGCCGGGCGCGCACUGGUGGAAAUCCCCGCGGAGCAGUUCACCCUCCAGAUCGGCGGGUUCCGAGCCCACGACUACUUCGGGGACGGCUCGUUUUACCUCCUCGAUGUGCCAGGCCACGCGGUCGGGCAUGUCUGCGGUCUAGCCCGCACCACCAGCAGCAAUGGCAAUGGCAAUGACAGCGAAGCAAUCAGCUCGGACACAUUCAUCCUCAUGGGCGCAGACACAAUCCACCACGCGGGCCAACUCCGCCCCUCAGAGCAUGUCCCCCUGCCCGACCAGAUCACGCCGAGCCCCUACACCGGUGUCUCGGUGCCCUGCCCCAGGGAGAUCUUCGCGGCGAUCCACCCCUCCCCCGAGAAGUACCAGACCUCUGCUUUCUACCACGUUCACAUCUUCCCCAACGGGAGGAGCGUAGCGGUGGAUCCAGAGGAAGCGGAGCGGAGUGUGGGCUCGUUGGCUGAGUUCGACGGCGCGACCCAUGUCUUUGUGGUGUGUGCGCACGAUACGAGCUUGGAGGGGGUGGUGGAGACCUUCCCUGCGACUGCCAAUGGGUGGAUGGCGGCCGGGUGGAAGGAGACGGCCCGAUGGCGGUUCUUGCAGGAUUGGAAGGUUGAACGCGAGUGAGUGUAUGUUGACUUUGUGGGGGUUGUAUGUUUGUUGUAGUCCUCUGUACAAUAGUAUGGGUUAGCGUAGCGAUUGAUUCUCCGCUCAAAUUGGUAUCUUCAUAUCAUGAUAAUAGGUACCCAUUUCCGAGGCGCUGUAGGACUGGAUGAGGACGCAUGCUUGUGGCACGUGUACGGAUCCAGAUGCAAUUGCAUACUGGCGAGGAGUAUGGAACCACGGCCCUCGCGUACUCAACGUGGAAAUCAAGGGUCAGAUCUAGCAAGGGUACAUGAUUAGGCUUCUUUGUUGAAUGUGAAGUAUCCUGGGCCAGAGCGCGCUCGGCUUCAAUCGGUCACGGC